AUGCACAGCUAUAAUCUCUUCUCGACAAAUGUAAUCCUCGCUUCUAUCGCGUUUGUAUACUGGCCAAAUGGCCCCGAAUGGUCGGGUCUACUCAUUAACUUCUUUACACUCUUGGGAUCCGUCGUUGGUCAGAUCCUCUUUGGCUACCUUGCGGAUCGCUAUGGUCGAACUCGCCUCUAUGGCGUUGAGCUCGUCCUGGUUAUUGUUUCUACGAUUGGAGUCGCCACUAGCAGUCAUGGCUACAAUGAUCUCUCCUUUCUCGGGUUGUUCAUUUGGUGGCGUUUUGUCAUGGGCAUUGGAAUCGGAGCUGAAUACCCCCUCAGCGCUGUCAUCACAUCGGAAUGGUCCAGUACACAUUCUCGCGCCACUAUGCUCUCGUCUGUUUUCAUGAUGCAGCCCAUCGGCCAGGCGCUGGCACAGUUGGUAGGCCUGUUUGUCCUCCUCGGCUUCGAGCGAAGUCACAACCUCCAAGGAAUGCGUUGCGGGCUCGAUAGAUUGCAUGAAGAGGAAUGCAAAAAGGCAUUGGACGGCGUCUGGCGCAUUGUCAUCGGGUCGGGUGCCGUCCCUGCACUGCUCGCCAUCAUCUUUCGCUUCUUCCUGUUCGACUGUGGUAUCUACAGCCUUGAGGUCAGGAACAAACCGAGGAUGGCACUGGCAAAUACUCAAAGAAUAUACGGUGCGCCCCAAGGUGCUGGGCUAGAAGCAUUCCCCAGCGGAGGUAUUAACGGGCGCUCCAUGAGUGGCGGUGUUGGCGGACAGAACUCGUUCCCGAUGAACCAAUUCGUUCAAACACAAGCACCAGCAACAUAUCAGACUACGUCCCCCGACGGGAACCACCAUGUUGCACCUUCAUAUCGCACAAAUGGCCUUGGAGAUGGGAUGCAUCUUGCGAGUAGCUCGCAGCAGCCGAUGCCAGUGCAAUUUUCGAGAGAGGACCUCCACAACUACUUCAUCCGCGACGGGAACUGGGCAUAUCUGCUGGGCACGGCGGCAACAUGGUUCUUCUUGGACGUUUCCUUCUAUGGCAUGAGCCUCGAUAACAGAGGCACUCUGUCGACGAUGUGGGCGACCACCACGCCGACCAAGAUUGACGACUCCCUCGAGUGUUGGACAUCAUCGCUUCGCGGGGGGAACUCUACGGUACCGAAUUGGGCCACCGAUGGACUUCCAGUUUGGUCGACCGACGCGACGCACCCCUGCAACACCAUCUACGACGUGCUGAUCGAGCAAACAAAGCAAUAUCUCUUGACCGUCUCGCUUGCAUCCAUCGCAGGCAGCGCUUGUUUCGUCUUAUUUGCCAACCGCAUCCCUCGACGUCAGUGGCUCACAGCAUCCUUCCUCGUUCUAGCUGGCUUCUUCGUCAUCACUGGAUGCGUCUACUAUGGCGUCCAUCAACAAAAGGGUGCUCCGGCCACAGUGGUGUUUGUAGCCAUCUGCCACUUCAUGUUCAACUUUGGUAAGCUGGCACACUCCCUGUUCCGCAUGUCCAGAACUAACCAUGGAUCACCAGGCGCCAACACGUUAACAUUUAUCAUACCAGCCGAAAUCUUCCCGACCUGCUAUCGUUGUCUGUGCCACGGAAUAUCUGCUGCUGCAGGGAAGCUAGGCAGUCUCGUUGCUGUUCUAGUGGUAUACGGAAUAAACCAGUCAUAUCAAGCAGAAAAUAGACAAGGACUCAUCUUUCUCCUAUUUGGCUCUGUGGCUGCUGUGGGUGCCAUCUUCUCGUGGGCGUACCUACCGGAUUCCCAACGUCGCGUCGAGUACGAUGGCAAGAGUUACCUCGAGUCCAAAACGCUCGAGGAGCUUGGCGAAGGAAGAGUCAAAGCACGACUUGGGGGCGAGCUGGUGACGAUAGAAGAGAAGUGGGAUGCUAUCAAGAGGAGGAAGAGAGGGUCCAUGAGAAGCGACCCCUCUGUGCCAGAUGGGACUAUAUAG